AUGCUUCUUAUUGCAGAUCUUGCUAUUGAAGACUUUGCAAAUGCCAAAGAUGCCAAAGGGGCUCUUAAAAGGGCAUCAAGAGGAUUUGCAAAUAUGAGCACAGGUUUGAGAAUAAUGUUGACUUUAGGUACAGCUGUACCCUACAAACAGAGGUUUCAAUGAUGCAAACGGCUUUGUAAAUCCUAAAAAAUAUCCCAGAAAGAAACAUCUGCUUGCAGGGUAGUUUUUAGGUACGUAUAUAUUAACCCUUUAAGUCCCAGUAGUGACCAACUUCGUUGUUCUUCUUUAUGAUAUCCAUACAUCGUCAAGAGAUUAGGUUAUGAGAAUUAAUAAAAUUAUUACCUAAGAGAAUAUGCCUCGAUCUUUUAUCAAAUUCUCUAACUCAUUCUUGAAGAAAAUAUAUAGAGAUCAGUUUGGAGAAUUUGUGCAUGGAUAUUGGGACUUGUGAAGGGUUAAAAACUUUAAGACUAUCACUCUGGCAUUUGUUUACCUCUCUUGGUUCUGUACAUAUUGUUAACAUGAUACCACCAGAAGUAGUCGUAAUGGAAUGAGUUGUCCCAACUCAAGUUUACCCCAGUUGUAACAGUGUCAAGUAAACAAAGAUCAAGCACUUAUUUUGGUAUCUGAAUCAGCAUUGCAUGGGUGAUUUUUGUCAAUCCAAGAUGGUGUCAUCACCUUGGAGGAGAGGAGGAGAAGAGAUGUAAAGUAAUGUAUAUUAAGGGUUGUUUAAUGGGCAACUGUACUUUGAACUCUCUCAUUGAUAAUGAUAAUAACAUAAUAGUAGAUUUCACAUAAAAUAGAUGUACAUACCCUGAAAUAAAUAAGCUAAUCAUUAAUCCCACAAGUAACCAUCCUGUAUCAAGGUUGUGUUCAAAUAUUAAUCUAUUUACAAAGGCAGAUAUGAAAUGCUCAGUAUUAAUUUAGGAUGAGCACAUUGUUUUUUAUGGAGAUUGUAAGAACAGACUUUUUUGAAGGAAUGUAUGGAGUGAGUGGAUAAUUAUCAACUGAGGUUGCUUUCUUAAAAAUAUUCACAGUCUUGCUUCUCUAAGAGAUCCUCAAUUGAAACAGGGUAAGAAAUAAAACAGCGCUUAUGACAACAUUUCUGUAUAAAAAAGAUCAGGUUCGGAUGCUCCAUACACUGUAAAUGGAUUGCAUUGCACAAUUAUUGUUAAGAGUAGUGCCACAUGAUAACCAAAGGUGAUUGUCUUGUUACCUGGCCACAUGCACUGAUUAUAAGUGUUUGCUCUUUUUUCUUUGACGCUGCUUUAGUCAUUGAAGCUCAAAAGGAGAAUCUAGUUCCAUGGUACGAAAGAACUGACUUUGAUUUACCAUCAGAAGAAGAGGAAGAUGAAAAAGAAAGGCUCGUCAAAGGAAGACGAAAAGGAUCAAAGAAAAUCCCAAAGAAAGAUAACCCAGAUCAUAAUGAGUAUGGAUUUACAUACCCACUUGAUGUGUGGUGUUUGUUAGCUCAGUACAUUCGACCUGAACAAGUUCAGAACUUUGCAUUGAUCUGCAAAGGAGCGAGAGAUGCGACAAAUAUGAGAACCUUUUGGCUGAGAAUUUACAAACGGCAUAUUAGCCAGCCAAUGAAACUUCCUGAAAGGCUUCGACCUCACAGAAUAGAUUGCCGUCCUGGUCUACGUGCAAGGAUCAUACGAGCUUUAUAUCAUGGCUAUGGUUUAUUCAGAAGUCAAUUGCUCUCAAAUACAUGUAUUGUAACAGAUCCCAGUGAACUUGAGUCAGAGCUGUGUAUUUCCAUGUGGUACAAGCAGGUGAUGUGUAAAAAACAAACUAGGAAAGUCUGGGUGUUUUAUUUCAAGUUUUCCAGGAAAUAUCGCGGUGGUAAACGAAAGCCAGGAUACAUGUCUCUCUCUUCUAAUUGGUUGGAUCAAAUCGAUGAUGUACGUCAUAAUCCUGAAGAACAUAACUGCAUUCUGCAGGUAAACUGCGUCAAUUUUCUCCCAGUGUCUCCCAUACAAGGACAUGUGUUAACUAGAGCCUCAGUUGGUGUGAGCCGUGAUAUGAAGCAUUCCACAGUCAAGUUAACAUUUCACUCGCCGCGGACUGACGGAAGGUACAGAAAGGAGGAGGGAACAAUUGUUGUUUUAGACCCAGCAUAUGAUCUCAAGGUCAUCAACUGGUGGAGUCCAAGCUACCCUCACCACAAAUAUGAGUUAUAA